CCAAUUUUUUCACCGACAAUGAUGUGAUUUAGUACACGUCACCAAAGAGGACAAAUUAUGAUAAAUCACCUCAUAUAUGCUCUCCCCAUUACCUAGGGACCCCCGCGACCCAUGACAUUAGCCAUUGCGUCCUACGGCACCCGGCGUACAAACAGCACAGAGCGCGGUGUUUUUUCCCGAAAGGACGCCAACCUGUCGACGCUGCCGUCGUUUCAGUGCGUCGCGACGCCUCGUCACGUCAACCACACGCCACGAGACGAUCGAAAUCGAGACGGAUACGCGAGUUUGGGAUAUCGUCAACAGGUUUGUUUUGUCUGGCUCGACAUAGCAGUGGUUUUUUGAAUAUAAUUAUUUAACGCAUUAGCCAAUGACUGUCAUUACUGCAACGUCCAUGAAGUAUUAAAGGUUUUCGUAAAUCGUCAACGUGUGCGAGACACAGAUAAUAAUUCGAGCGGCAUAUUCGCAAACAAAAUUGAUUUUAACGUUGCUGAUCGCAUCACCAAACGAGAGGAAACACAUUUUAUCUGUGGUGAAAUGGCGUGGGAUACUGGUCCGGCUCUAUCUUGGAAACGGAUGGCAACAAAAACGUAGAGGUGAAGCUGAACGCACUGUAGAAACGUGAUAUUUGUGUAUAUAGGAGCGUCAAUCCUGAAAACCGGACAUAGGUGAAUAAAACAAUGUCUAACCACAUUCAGUACAUAAGCUGUCCAAAUCGAGGAACUUGUCCCUCGCCAACCUCUACUCCAGAAGAGCUCGAAAGGAGAGCUGUCAUACAAAGAAACGAUCUGUUGCUGCACGAGGCAGUAAUCAAGAAUGACACGGAAGGUGUUAAGAAAAUACUAAAGGAACCUGUAGAUAUAAAUUCAAGGAAUAAUUAUGGCAGAGCACCGAUCCAUUGGGCAUCUGCACGGGGUAAUAUAGAAAUUAUGGAAAUGUUAUUAAACUCACAUUGUGACAUUGAGGCUAGGGAUAAAUACGGAAUGCGUCCGUUACAUAUGGCCGCUUGGCAUGGACAUCCCGAAGCAGUUAGGCUACUAAUAAAUUUAGGUGCUUGUACUAACGCUGUUACUAAGGCUCAGUAUACGCUGCUUAUAUGUGCCGCUAGAAAUAACAGAGCUAACGUAAUCGAUUUUUUACUGGAUACUCUAGAAGACGUGCAUAUCGAUGCUAUUGACGCGGAGGGACAGACGGCGUUGUUCCACGCCGCGGCUAACGGCCACGCUUGCAUCGUGAAGCGACUAAUAGAAAUGGGCGCCUGCUUGGAUAAGAAAAACAAGGAGAACAAGUCUGCCCUUCACGAAGCUUGCCAAGGCGGUCACGCCGAAGUUACCCAGUUCCUGCUAGCCAGAGAGGCAGACAUGGAAGCCAAAGACAAUCAGGAAAACACGCCGCUCCACGUAGCUGCCCAGCACCAACAGAACAGAGUGGUUCAGAUCUUGUUGGAGAACGGAGCAGAUCCUGAUAGUGAAAAUCAGAAAGGAUCUACAGCGUUGCAUAUAGCAGCAAGUUUAGGGAGUCGAGGGAUUCUAGAAUGUCUUCUGCAACACGGAGCCUCCAUAUCAAAACAAAACCAUUGUGGAAACACGGCCUUACACAUGGCUUGCCAGGCUAACGUGGUGGAAACUGUGGAAAUUUUAAUCAACAAAGGAGCAGAUUUGAACUAUUUGAACAAGCGUCUGCAGUCGCCCAUUCACAUCGCGGCGGAAAUGGGGCACACCGAAAUAUGUCGACUGCUGUUGGCCGCGGGGGCUGACAUCGAACAAAGGGAACAGGGAGGCAGGACGCCCCUGUAUAUCGCCGCCAGGGGUAGUUUCACCGCCAUCGUCGAUAUGAUCAUCAAGACAGCGAGAUUAGACUACCCGGCACAUGAAAAAGUUGUUGAAAGUAGAAGAGACAGUAGAAGAGAGAGUAGAAGAGAAAGCGCGGUGGGAUUGAAACCAAAACUGAGUCGCAAAUGGCGGUCUCAAAGUAAAGAUGAGACUAGAGUCAAGGAAUACGAGAGGCUGAAAGAGAUUUUAUACAAAUUAGCCUACAAGCACCUGAGUCACGGAGAGUGGAAGAGAUUGGCAUCGCAUUGGGCCUUCACCGAAGACCAAAUUAAAGCGAUAGAACAUCAAUAUAAUGGUCCAUCCAGUUAUAAAGAACACGGAUUUCGAAUGAUGCUGAUAUGGGCUCACGGUUUAGGAUCAGAUGUCAAUCCCAUUAAAGAGCUCUACGAAAGUUUAGUUGCCAUAGGAAAAAGACCAUUAGCAGAUACUUUACGAAGAAAAAUUGACCAAGAGAAUGAGGCUAGACGAAGAGGGCAGAAACAGAAAUGCACUAGAUGUAGUAUAUGUUAAAUUCGUUUCAUUUCCAUCAUGUACAUAAAAAUACUUUUUUGGGUUAUAGCGAUAAUACAUACCAUAUUAAAAUUAAUAUCGUACACAGGGUGGUCCGAACUGUAUUCCGAAAACUUCGGCAGCAUAUUC